CGUUGUGGCAAGAGCUGUCGUCUCCGGUGGCUUAAUUACCUUCGACCGGAUAUCACACAUGAAGCUUUUACACCGGAGGAAGACAAUAUCAUAUACACUCUCUAUGGUGUCUUGGGAAGCAAGCAAGUUCAAUGUUAAUUAUGAUUUUUUUCCUCUUAAUUUUUUAUUUAUUAACAUUUUUAUGUUUAAUUCAUAGAUGGUCUGUCAUAGCAUCUCAUCUACCCGGAAGAACAGACAACGAUGUGAAAAACUACUGGAACAGCAAGUUAAAGAAGAAGCCAAUAGCAGCAAAUUAUGGUUAUAACCCCACAAAUAGUAUCGACACCACCGCUGCGAAAGCGAAAACCGACCUCUCAUCUUCAACCACUAACACUUUGGUUCCCACAUUUUCAGGUCAAGAGACAUCUCCUAUAAGUCCUUGUUUAACUGAGAGUACUAAAAACCCGAGCUUUUCUUCAUCUUCCCAACAAGAUUCAACCAUUUCUGAAACAUUUUCACAGCUUGGAAAUGAUUUCAUCUUUGGCAAUGGCAGUUGCAGCAACGGGAUUCCAAUGGAUAAUAUCGGCUAUCGACGUUCUUAUGAAAUUCUGGAUGAAAUUUGGUCCCAAGAGGCAGCCAAUGAAGGGGUUCCUAAUUUAUAUUGAAAUCAU